UCCCACCCUAUCUUCUAUAGGAUUUCCAAAUAGCAUGGCAUGGCCGAAAAUGCCCCUCUUUCUCCAGGAGCUGCUACAAAGGUAGCAAAUCUUAUCUUGCCAGCGCAAUGCGACCCUCCCAGCGAGGCGAACCCGCCGAAGCCAGCAGUCUGGGUUAUAUUUGGAGCAACAGGUCAUUUGGGCCGGUCCUUAGUGCGCGUAGCCACCAGUCAUGGCGAUAAAGUAACCGCCGUAGGUUGGACGAAGGAGACAAGCAUGGCAGAGAUGAGGAGCUGGAUGAAUCAGAAUUCGCUUCCCAUGCUUUGCGACGUCCGCGCGCGCGAAACUGUUGACGCCGUAAUGGCAAAGAGCGUGCAGCAUUGGGGAAGGGUCGACAUAAUUGCAAACUGUACAGGGUACGGCGUGAUCGGGGCGUGUGAAGAUCAGUCAGAUCACGAGCUGCGCUCACAGUUUGAGACCAACGUUUACGGAACCAUCAACAUGCUUGCUGCUUCGUUGCCAUACUUCCGCGCACAGUCGCACGGCCGCUACCUCAUCUUCAGCUCUACAUCCGGCGCCCUCGGAACUCCGGGCUUGGGGCCUUUCUGUGCCACCAAAUACGCUGUCGAAGGACUCAUAGAAUCGAUGCUGUACGAGGUGGACGCUUACAACAUCAAGGCCACGCUUGUGGAGCCGGGACACAUGCGACUCGACGACCCAGAUGCUAAGGCACGCGGCGGACUGAAGAAGUACUCUGCAUUCAAGGUCAAGCCCGCAAGUGACCCAUAUAAGGGCGCUCAUGCACCUGCAGGACAUGCGCGACGGAUGGUUCAGUGGCUGAAUGACCGGCAACCUGUAAGCACUGUUAAAAGUGCCGAGCUUUGCUGGCAGCUUGCGCAUUGCAAAUACCCGCCUCUCCGGCUCCUUUUGGGCACAUAUGCAGUAGAGAGUAUCAGAGAUAGGAUGAGGAGUGUCAUUGAGGAAAUUGAGGACUGGAAGCACUUAAGUUUUCCUUUUAUUAUCCAGGAGGAUGGUAGGACUACAAAAGAUGAUCGGAACGACGGCGAAAGUGAGGAUAAGAUGGAUCAUAGUUAGAUUGGCGAUUUAAUAAUCUAGCUGUUUUCUGGCGCUAUCCUAAUUCACACCUGCUAUAAAGCAGACUAACCGGCGUCAUGCAUACUCCUCGAAAUCCCAGCUCCAACAGCUGAAUUCGAAGAAUACCAGUUUUUCGAGAGAAGCGCACUACUUCAGCUGGAAUAAGUUCACGCCUUAAAUAUGCGACAUAAACUCUUUUUCAGGUAGGAGGUUGUUGUGCCGUCUGAGUGCUAGAAGGCUGCUCAUAAGGAGGUUUUUGCAAAGUUGCAUGAUCCGUUGAAUGAGCUCGCGGUUCAGACGGAGGUACUGAUGGUGGCACAGGUUGGAACGGCAGUUGGGUUUGCUUCAACGGCGCAGCACUCUGCUUUGGCGAGAAACUGUGAACAGGAGUGACGACAGGUGCUCGUGGUGGCGAAAAUGCGUAACCACCAGUACUAUUUGUCGUGGAGCUUGGGGUUGGGUAUCCAUUACUGUGCGCUGACCCGGCUGCCUGUUGCGUCUGGUGAGGUGCUGGGCCAGCUUGCGGAUCCGAUGGUUGUUGCUCAGGUGCAUUGGCAUCCGGACCGAUCUCUUUUUCUGUGUUCGAUGCUUGGAAAGCGGAC